AUGUCGACCAUGACGAAUGUAAGACGAUCUCCAAGGACGGGAACGCAAGGCAGUGGUGGGGUAACAAAAAAGAGGGGAACAUCAUCUAAAGCUAGGGCCUCUUGGAAUGCGGACCUAGAGAAGGCUCUUGUAGAUUUGCUCCAUGAGCACAAUACUCCACAAUAUCGUGGCCAGAAUGGAUGGUCCACCGAUGUUUGGAACAUGAUUACCAAGAAAUUCCAUGAUAACCAUCCAUACAAGAAUUACACAAAGGGUCAGAUCCAAGACAAGGAGAAGGAGUUGAAGAGAGAGUACAAGAUGCUCAAGGAGGCUAGACAGCAGAGUGGGGUUUCUUGGAAUGAGAAACGGUGUAUGAUUGAAGCUGAUCCAGAGUUGUGGGACAACCUCAUCAUUUCAUUUCCUAAGAUCGGGAAGUUCCGUAGCAACAAGGCUUUUCCCCUCUUUGAUGCCUUGGGAGAGCUAUAUGAUGGACAUCUUGCUGAGGGAAACUACAACUUCACUUCCACCGAACCAACACGAGCACACACAAGUGGAGAGACCGUGGUGGAUGAUACACAAGGAGGGAUGCAAGAGGCUAUGAAGCAGGUCGAGAGCAAGCAAAUCGUGAACAUGGAUGAGUACUCAAUCAAGAACUGCGUGGCCCGGCUAAACACAAUGGGAUUGUCACGAGAGGAUAAGGUCAAAGCCCUAAAAGUCUUUAAGAAUGUUGACAAUCGCGAGCUCUUCCUUUGCGUUGAUAUGGAUACAGCUCUCAUGUGGCUGCAAGGCGAAAUGGCUUAG